AUGGGUUCAGCACUUUUCCCAGAGAGUCUACUUAAAGCUUUUAUUGAUGACCUCAGAAACAAUGUUUAUGGCAACCCUCAUAGUCAGAAUAUCAGCAGCAAACUGACAUAUGACACAAUCGAGCAUGUCCGAUACAGAAUAUUGCAACACUUUCACACUACUGCUGAAGAUUACACCAUCAUUUUCACAUCUGGAUGCACAGCUGCACUUAAACUGGUAGCAGAAGCAUUCCCUUGGAUACCUGAAGGCACAAAGCAACCCAGCAGUCGAUUUUGUUACCUAACUGACAGCCACACAUCUGUGGUGGGUAUGAGGGGGGUAACUGCCUCAAUGAAUGUUUUGUCUGUUCCAAUAAAACCAAAGGAAAUCUUGUUAUCAGAAGAAAACAGGUUACCAACUGAAGAACAAAACUGCACAACACCUCAUCUUUUCUCUUAUCCAGCUCAGAGCAAUUUUUCUGGUACCAAAUAUCCCCUUUCAUGGAUACAGGACAUAAAAUCUGGAAAACUCCACCCCAUCAAAAUACCAGGAAAGUGGUUUGUUCUACUAGAUGCAGCUUCGUAUGUGAGCAGUUCUCCAUUAGACUUGGGAGUUCACCAAGCUGAUUUUAUCCCCAUCUCAUUCUAUAAAAUCUUUGGAUUCCCGACUGGUUUAGGAGCAUUAUUGGUAAACAACCGGAUUGCCCCCCUCUUGAGGAAAACCUAUUUCGGAGGUGGAACUGCAGCUGCCUACCUCGCAGGAGAGGAUUUUUAUUUCCCAAGGAAAUCUAUAGCAGAAAGGUUUGAAGACGGCACAGUCUCUUUUCUUGAUAUCAUUGCUCUGAAACAUGGAUUUGAUGUUCUGGAAAAACUCACAGGUGGAAUGGAGAAAAUAAAACAGCAUACCUUUGCAUUAGCUCACUACACCUAUACUGUGCUGUCUACCUUAAAAUAUGCCAAUGGGGCUCCUGUAGUACGUAUUUACAGUGAUACAGAUUUCAGCAAUCCUGAUGUCCAGGGUCCAAUCAUUAAUUUUAACGUGCUCGAUGAAAAUGGAGAGGUGAUCGGCUUUUCACAGGUGGACAAGAUGGCCAGUCUCUACAACAUACAUGUCCGCACAGGUUGCUUCUGUAAUACAGGAGCCUGCCAGAUGCAUUUGGGUCUAAGCAAUGAGGACAUCCAAAGGAACCUGCAGGCUGGCCAUGUCUGUGGAGAUGAUAUAGACCUAGUUGAUGGACGUCCCACCGGUUCUGUGAGAAUAUCCUUUGGCUACAUGUCUUCUUUUGAAGAUGCACAGACUUUUUUGAAAUUCAUCAUAGCCACGAGACUCUCCAAGUUGGACACUGAGGUUCCCUUCCAGUCCUCUGUUGCAAAGCUGACAAAAGAGUCUGUCCCAGAUGACCACCCUGCCUUUAACAAUGCAGAUAAAUUGUCUCCAAUACCACACAUCUUGGACAGAGAACUCAGGAAUAAUUCAUCUGCAACAAAGACAACUGUCAACUGGCAGGCACCGGAGGCUGAGGCAGAAAGCAUAAGGGCAGCUGUUUCUGAGACUACAGUACCAACAUGUAGAAGAGGUGGCAAGCCCAUCACUGUCACCAACAUUUACCUCUACCCAAUCAAAUCCUGCUCUGCAUUUGAGGUUUCAGAAUGGCCAGUGGGAAACCAGGGUUUGCUGUAUGACCGUAACUGGAUGGUUGUAAACCAGAAUGGGGUCUGCAUGACUCAGAAGCAGGAGCCAAGGCUGUGUCUUGUAAAUCCCUCAAUUGAUCUGAAGAAAAAGGUUAUGGUCAUCCAGGCGGAAGGCAUGGACCCGAUAUCUGUGUCACUAGAAGAAAAUACUGGAAAAGACGCUGUGAUCUGUGAGAGUAAAGUCUGUUCACACAGGGUAAAAACUUAUGACUGUGGAGAAAGAAUUGCUGACUGGUUCUCUUUGUUUCUUGGUCGUCCAUGUCGUUUGAUAAGACAAAGUUCAGACAUGAAAAACAGGUCGCAUCAGAAAAAUACAAAAGGUCUGGCAUCUGCUACAAACAUCUCACUCUCUCUUGUGAAUGAAGCACAAUACCUCCUGAUAAAUGUAGCAAGCAUUCUGCAGCUGAAAGAACAUAUUUCUGCAAGAUUGGAAGAGCCAUUGGAAAUAGAGGAACUAAUCCGACGCUUUCGUGCCAACAUUGUCAUCAGUGCACCAGAGUCCUUUGAAGAAGAAGAGUGGGCUGAGAUUUCAAUAGGUGCUCUGCGAUUCCAGGUUGUGGGUCCGUGUAGCAGAUGUCAAAUAAUCUGCAUUGAUCAACAGUCUGGGGAACGAAACAAAGAAUUUCUGCAGUCUCUGUCUGCUGCCAGAGGCAGAAAGACCAACUUUGGCAUAUACCUGAUGAACCAGCCCUUCCGCUCACCCUUUCCAGAUAUUUUAUCGGUUGGGUCUCAAGUACUUCCAGUGCUGAAGGAGAAUACCGAAAUUCAGCCCCCAACAUCCAGUGAAGAAAAAUGUUCAGGAUAG